GUUUUUGUUUAUUCCAGCAUUGCAAGACCUCGAACCCCAACAACUGCUACUCUUCGUCCAGUCCUUUGGCAUCCCGGUUUCCAGCAUGAGCAAACUUCUGCAGUAUCUGGACCAAGCUGUCUCUCACGACCCUCAGACACUGGAACAGAACAUCAUGGACAAGAACUACAUGGCCCAUCUCGUGGAGGUGCAGCAUGAAAGAGGAGCCACCGGCGGGCAGACCUUCCACUCCCUCCUCACCGCCUCCCUUCCGUCUCACCAAGAGGGUGAUGAUGCCCCACGCAUCAAAUCCAGCCUUGAGGUCCCCCAAGGGCAAGGAAGGAGCCGAGCCUUAGCCCAGUUCCCGAUCGUCGAUCCCGAAGCUGACCUGGCGGGCAUCCUUCUCCAGUUGUUCCCACUGGCUCCGGACCCCCGCUGGCAGAACUCGAACCCGCGGCCCCUCGCCCUGGCUUUGCAGCAGAGCCUCGGCCAGGAGCUGGCUCCCCUGCGCCCAGGAGGAGGCGCCUCGCCCUCGGCCAAGACGGCGGCGGCGCGGCUUCUAAAGGCCCUGGCGGCCCUCUUGAACUCGCCCCACGGAGGAGCCCUGGUGAUGGCCAUGCACCACAGCCACGUCGUGGCCUGCCCACUCCUGCGCCUGCUGUGGCAGCACCAGCGCCACGCUCCCCAAGACGAGGCCUUCUCCUCGCUGUUUUUCAAAGUCCUCAUGCAGAUGUUACAGUGGCUGGAGAGCCCAGGGGUGGAAGAUAGUCUUCUCCGGACGCAGCUCAAGUCCUUCGCGGUUCAGUUUUCAUCCCAACAUAGGAUCAGCGACGCCCAGGCGGGGUUCUUGCACCUGGCGGACGCGCUGGCCUUCUGCCACAACUCUGAAGUCAUCGGCUCCACCGUCCGCGCCAUCGUGACCACCUUGAAGUCCAGCAAAAGGUGGAAUGUGGAACCAGAGCUUGUCAGCAAAGUCCUCGAAGGCCUGACCAAAACACGCUCGCCAUAUCUGGAGGAGCUGCUGGUGACCCUCUUCUCCGUGGCCACAGAGAGGACGCCCCAUUUCCCUGCUUCUGGGCCCAUCUCGGUGGUGACCUCCCUACUGCUCCAGUGCAGACAGGAAAGCUGCAUUAAGAAAGAAGCCGAGAACUCCAGUGUCGAAAGCGCCUCUGGUCUCUUCAUCGACUGGUUGGAGUUGCUGGAUCCAGAAGUUGUCAGCAGCUGCCCUGACCUCCAGCAGAAACUGCUGUUCUCCCGGGAUAAGGGUAAAGACUCCUCUGAAUCCGAGCCCCUCCUCUCCUUCCGUCCAUACCUUCUGGCACUCCUGACCCACCAGUCCAGCUGGACCACGCUUCACUGUUGCAUCAGGACUCUGCUCUGCAGAAGCCAAGAGUGCAGUUUUGACCCAACGGCUUCCUUGGAUUUCUUGUGGGCCUGCAUUCAUAUGCCCCGGAUCUGGCAAGGGAGAGACCAAAGGAUCCCACAG